GGGCAGUUGUAAUUAAAUGGUCAAAUACAUUUUAAUUGUGGAGCUUAUAAAAGUAAAGAAUUUGGUAUAAUGUUACUAUUUGCCAUGGAAAAAGAUGAAGACAGAAAAUCUACACCAAGGAAACAUAUUCAUAACGCCAGAUACCAGUUAUGUAGUAAAAGUGAUUGUAAACAUAUUAUGGACGCUUGGACUGAAACCAAUAUGGAGUCUCCAAAAGCAUGCUUUAACAGAUUACGAAAAGUUGUUGACUUGAAACGAACGUCAAGUGACAGUGCUGUUCAAGAUUUGAACAAGGCUUCACAUGUGCCUAUUCCAUACGGAAAAGCUCCGUACAGAUCCCGGAAAGCCAAUAAAAUAUUACUGAAAAAUCAGUCUACACGACCGGUUCCCAGAGGAACAUGGAUACCAGGUGUAAAUGACGAAGAUAUUGUCAAACCAACACAUUUUAUGCCAUCCGAAGCACCGCCAUCUACAAUGAGGCAACAUCAACGGCGUGUUUUAUCUGCUAGUUCUUGUCCAAAAAGUUUGUGUUCAUCAUUCAACAGUCGAUUCAUGCUUCCGGGAUAUACUUCAACCUCUGAUUCAUCAAGCGAGGAACCGAUCGCAAUUAAAGACGAUAGUGAAGUACACAUCCGCCAUCCAAAACCAUCAAAUAUCCGAAAGUCCAAGUCAAUGCAUGUUGGAACUUGCCAACUGAUUCAAGUAAGCGAGUGUAAAGAAACACGAUUUAGCACACUGCCUCGUCGGAUACCAGUAAAAUCAAACAAUAAUGCAAAAGAAUUGAAUCGAGUACCAGUUUUUGAUCCCGAUGAACUGGAUUCUUCGAUCAAUAAUUCUAUGGAUCCUGGGUUACCAGGUAUGUGCGACGUUACGCCUCGGCCUUUAUCGAAAGGUCAGAAAAGUUGUACAUGUUGUAGUCUAUGUGAAAUUAUGUCUCCUAGAUUAAUAGAUUGCAAUCCAAAUUCAAAAAUCCAGAACUGUUCAUGUGAGACAUGUCUGUUUUACUCUAAAGGACGAACCGGAUUAGUGCAAUAUAAACAUGGUGACGUCAUAAAGACGUUUAAUUGGUUAGAACGGACUGGCAAAGAAACAGAAUUGUGAAUGUGAUAUCUUGGGAUCCAAUUUUAUCACCAAUUUUCUAAAUUUCUCUGGUAGGGUAAAAUAAAUGAUUAAAACUG